UUAACAUGAUGUAACGUCGUUUUGUAAUGGAUGACGAMGGACCCAUUAUGGCUGCACACACAGACAACUGGCAUGUGAAAUGGAUUGGACAACAUAGAUAAGAUAUCUUCCAUAUUGCAUUUUUAAACCACUACCCAGUGGACUGGUAUCUGUGCAACAAAACAACACAAUGACAGCCCGUACAGCAGAGGUGCUGCUCAGGUGGGCCCUGCGGAUAUGCAACCACCGACGUCCAUGGCAACCCCGUGGCCCUCAGAUGAUGAUAGAGAGCUUUGACAGAGGACUGUCUCAUAUCUGGAGCACAGGACCAAGUCAUAGACCGUUGGCUGGACUAACUAUAUACAACGUGAGGUAUUACUCUCAGGGUAAAACAUAUGGGCAGGACGUGGUGGAAAGAAAGCAAGGCAACUCCAUACAGACUCAGAGCUCUGAAACCUGGUCUUCACAAAGUCGGACAUCCCCUGACCAGCCAGCCAAAAGGGUGCCGUUUUAUGACCAGCUGAGGGAGUGCGGUUCCCCCUCGGAUGUGCUCGACUUGGCCGGCCAGUACACAGCCACACACCGGCGGGUGAGCAACUGCCUGACGCGCUGCUGGGAGUCCACCAAGAAGAUGUCGGAGGAGCAGCGACGCUACGAACUGCGCAUUAUGUUCGAGCACGCUGGCUUCGAGGAGCUCCUCCAGAGGACCAUGCAGGACGCGCGGCACAUGCGCAGCGAGGACCUAGCCUACAGCCUGCUGGCCACAGUCAAGCUGGGCGUGCCGCAGCGCAGCCGCGUGGUCCAGACCCUCCUCCGAGUCUGCCAGGAGAACCUCAAUGAGUUUGAUGAGAAGUCCCUGUCAGUGCUKGCUUCCUGUCUGGAGCACCUGGAGAGCAGCCCCAAUGGGGACGCACUGAAGGAGGGAGUCAGGCUAAUGAUCGAGGCUCUACUGCCGAGCAUCCAGAACGUCAUGUCCCUGCAGACCUUGAUGCGCCACAUGGGCCGGGAUACCCCGGUGGACAUGAAGAAAAAACUGGAGAGAAAGGCCCUGUCAUUGGCAAACCAGUUCACUCUUCCCAACUCCCAGUAUAUGAUCACUACUCUGGCCUCUAUGGGCUUCUGUUCCAAGCCAUUGUUGGCCAUCUGCAGCAGAAAGAUUGCAGAGCACGUCCACGGAGUCCCCUUCCACCGCCUGGUGAAUGUGCUGAGGGCCUWUAAGGAGCUGCACUCCAGAGACGUGGCCCUGUUCACCGCCAUCUCUGACUACGUGGCCUCCAGCAUCGCCAUGUGGAACAACAAACAGUUGAUUCUCUUCCUGUCUGCGUUUGCGGAUCUAGCGUUCUGCCCCACGGCCAUGUUGGACGCCUUCGCAGAGAGAGUGACUAAGAACCCGGACGCCCUGGGGCUCAAUGACGUCCUCAGCGUUCUGAAGACCUACUCGUCCCUAAACCACAACCUACAGGGCUACAGAGAGCCGUUCCUGGAGGGCAUGACCCACGUGGUGGUGUCCUACCUUCCCAAGAUGGCUGCCUCCGAGCUGCUGAAGGUGGUCUACUGCCUGUGUCUGCUGGGCCACUUUCCUGCCGCCCCAUUGGAACAGCUGCUGCAGCAGGAGACACUGAAGGAGAUCAGUGCCAGAGGUGGUCGGCUGCAGAAGGUGAUGGAAAAAAAGCUGCAGAUGGUGGACCUGUGUCUCAGGCUGGACCGACCUUCUCUCCCUAAGCCCCUGACCGUCCCUCCCGAGGCUCUGGGCUCUCCAGCCCCUAACGACCUGUCCAUUAACGCAGGGCUGUCUAUGACCCUGCAGAGCAUCGCCCAGGAAGGGCUGCUACAGGAGGGUGUGAUGGUUGAAGGCCUAUACUUCAUAGAUGGUGUGAUAACCCAACCCRAACCUCUACAAGAAGCCACAGGAGGGAGGGCACCAUCUGAGGGCGAGUUUCCUCCACCUGAGCACAGUCAAAGAAUUGCAGUGUUCUGCGCACCCCCGUCCUCUUUCUGUUAUGGUACCUCCCGUCCCCGUGGCAACCUGGCUAUCAAGAUGCGUCAUCUGACGGUCCUAGGAUACACCCCAGUCGUGGUGUUGGAGCACGAGCUGGACAAUCUGUCCGAAGAGGAGAGAACAGAGUUCCUCAAAACACGGAUCUUUCCAGAASAGGAGAGACCUGCUAACGUCGAACAGAUGACAGACUGACGGACAUGGAGAGAGCGGGGACAUGGCUCGUUCAGUCAAGAGAACCYCGACCUGGUUCUGUGGUCAGUCUGGUCACGAUCCGGUCCUGUCAUUCGUUGCACAGGAACUGCUGGUAUACUGAAUUGACUACAUGAAGACUGUUGUCGAAUAUCUCUGAGUGUCUGGACUAUACAGUUCACUGCGUGAUGUCUCACUAUUUAACUAGAWAGUAAAUGGGAACAAACUCCCAUCUGUGUCAUUGCUCCUCAUAUUUUUGAAGGAAUCUGUGUUGGAGCGUAAAUGUUCCAGUUUAUGUUUAAGUAAGUUCAAUCCUGUUGAAGUAACUUAACUUUAAGUAACAUAACUUUAAGCAUCUUAAUACCUCUCAUGGGUUAUUCCUAAAUAGUCUAAAUUCAUAUCCUCGCCUCCUCUCCUUCACCUGCACUGACCUGAAGGAACUGACCAGCCUGACCAGAGGAAGGAAAGGAGACGAGGAGAAGAAGCUACUGUCGACUAUUGAGACAGAGCCGUGUUUCUACUGGGUUUGUGUGUCUCAUUUAGAAUACGUCACUUGAGAU